CAGCCGAGAGAAAGGAACAGUUAUUUUUCAUUAGUGAAAUGUCAGCUGUAAGUGCAUUGCUGUUGAUACUAUUGGCUGUAACUGCAACAGCUUCGCCUCAAAGCAAACUCUCUGAAACAAUUACCGACUUGCAAAAAGGGCCAUUAGGAAAGAUUUUACCUUCUGGCUUUUUACCUCUUCGAUUGCCUACGAAGAAAGAAGGCAAGGAUGAAGAAUCUUCAACUUCUAUGAAAGGGCUGAGAGAUUUUAUAGAAACCAUAGGAUCAAAUCUCACUCACAGAUUAAUGAAAUCGGAUAAAGAAGGAAAAGAAAAGGGAAAUAAUUCCCUUAUCGAUAGAGUGCAGACAUUUUUGCAUCCAGCAUCAGAGAAAGAAGGAAAAGAAAAUGAGAAGAAAAACAUCAUCGAUAGGGUACAGAAGUUUCUAAACCCAUACCUGGCUUCCCUGCAAACGGUAACAUCCACAGUGAGGAAUAAUUCUCUUAGUUUGUUGGCAACACGCAAGAAAGACUAAAUUAAGGUGUGGAAAAGAAAGCGGAGUCAUCAUCUUCGACUCAGAUAAGAACACAUGCCAGUAAAACUGAUCACCGUAUUAAUGUAUUGCAAAAUGAAAAUGCAAUCGUGUGUUUGCAAACUUAUACAUGUGCAAUAAAUAUUUUGUAAUAAUUUCAAGAACAAUUAAAUAACAGAGAUAAGUUCUGUAAUUGGACUGGU